UUUUUUGUGCCUGGGUUUUUGGUGCCUGACUUGAUACAAACUUUGCCAUCAGCCUCUGCCAGUCUGCAUGUUCUUGGAAAAAUUUCUGUUCUCUUUCUCAUCGACUCGUUCAUAAGGGUCUAUCCUCACUCAUUGUUCAAAAUGGGAGUCUACCGUUAUGUACAGGAGCUGUACCGGAAGAAGCAGAGCGAUGUCAUGCGUUAUCUGCUCCGUGUUCGUGUCUGGCAAUACCGUCAGCUAACCAAGUUUCAUCGUGCUCCAAGGCCAUCCCGACCGGAUAAGGCCCGCCGCCUUGGAUAUAAGGCUAAACAAGGAUUUUCAAUUUUCCGAGUACGUGUUCGCCGUGGAGGCCGCAAGCGCCCAGUUGCCAAGGGAUGUACCUACGGUAAACCCAAAAGCCAUGGUGUUAACCAACUCAAACCAUAUCGCUGCUUGCAGUCGGUUGCCGAGGAACGUGUAGGUCGACGCGUCGGAGGGCUUCGAGUUCUCAAUUCAUACUGGGUCGCUCAGGAUGCUGCGUACAAAUACUACGAAGUGAUUAUGGUCGAUACUGCCCACAACGCCAUCCGACGUGAUGCUAAGGUUAACUGGAUUUGCCAAGCCGUUCACAAGCAUCGUGAGUUGCGUGGCCUGACAUCGGCCGGAAAGAGCAGCCGUGGUCUGGGCAAAGGCUACCGCUAUGCACAGACAAUCGGAGGCUCACGACGGGCCUGCUGGCGCCGACGCAACCGUCUUCACAUGCGUCGUUACCGUUAAGGAGCUACUAGGCAGAUUUAAUCAAUUCUGUCAUGCUGCAGCUCAUUUCUUAAAUACGAUAUGCAGUUGGAUGCUAAUGCAUAAUUGAGAAUAUAUGAUCUAUUGAAAA